GCGGGCAACGAGUUUCUUGUUGUCCUGGCAGUCAUAUAGGACGGCUAGAAUCCCAUCUUCCGGAAUGGUUGGUGUCUGCCAAACCUCCAAUUCCUUCACAGUGCCACCCUAGUAUCUUAGAAAAUGGCACCGACUAUCCCUGGUAUCGAGAAAAUAAAGGGAAGAACCAGACAUGGGUGCCUCACUUGUCGAAUUCGCCACAAGCACUGCGUGCAGAAUGAGGGCGAGGAGCCUUGCCUUGACUGCAAAAAGCUCCGUCUUGAAUGCUUGGCAGGUUAUGGCCUGAGUCGCCCCCAGUGGUUGAAAGAUAACGACCCUAGAAAGACUAAGGUCACCAAAGCGAUUAAAUUAUGGACAAAGAAAAGAGCCCGCGAGAUUAAUGAGAAUGAAAUAUUGAUGAUAUCUCCCUAUGCAUCUGAGGAGGGUGAUGAAACCAAUCACAUUCCAGAAUGAUUGAAGAGCAUCUUUCCAGGUGUUUCCAACGGACUGGGACAAUUGAUGAAGCCUCAUGAUGUACAAUAUUAUCACUUCCUAUU